AUGAGUACAUUCAAAAUCGCAGCAAAUGUGAGAACGUUUAUGGAGAGUAGUAUGGAGAACUGGAAAACGGAGUUAACAUCUUCGGGAGAAAGCCUAGGAAAUGUGAAUAUAAGACGAGGUAUUUUUCAAGGGGAUAGUUUAUCUCCUUUGAUAUUUGUGAUGUGCAUGAUAGCGUUAAGCUUGAUACUGAGAAAGGAAAAGGUAUGGUAUGAAGCUCGCGGAAAAGAACUCAAAAUCAACCAUAUUCUAUUCAUGGAUGAUCUGAAGUUGUUUGGAAAGAACAAGGAGCAAAUAGACUCUCUGGUGAAAACUGUCCAUAUUGUUAGCAAAGACAUUGGAAUGGAAUUUGGGAUAAAGAAAUGUGCAAUGCUUGUAAUGAAAAAGCCGGAAAGAUUGUGGAAUGUAAUGGAAUACAGCUACCUGAUGAGGAAACAAUAAAGUCCGUAGAAGAAGAUGGAUAUAAAUAUCUUGGUAUAUACUGGAAUUCGAUAAAAUUAUGGAGGGUGAAAUGAAGAGAAAAUUUGUAAAGUAAUACGGGAGGAGAUUACAAUGCGUCUACAGUAAGUGGGGCCACUUAGAGAACACUAACCAAUCACAUUGCAGAACAAAAAUUGAAAAAAUUAACAAACGGCGCAUUAGCCAAUCAGCAUUAGGCCAAAAACAAUUUGAACAAAUAAACAAGUGUCAAACGGUAAAAAUAGACUUGUAAAAGUAAACACUGCAGUUAAUGGCUUCCAGAUUUAGGUAAAGAAGUGGAUGGGGAGAAGACAUGGUGGUGAUUGAAGAAAGGAGACUUGAAACCUGAGACUGAAGCACUUCUGUGCGCUGCACAAGAACAAGCUCUAAGGACAAAUUAUGUAAAUUUUCACGUAGAUAGAACUGUUGAGUCUCCACUCUGUAGACUUUGUGUGGAAAAGGGAGAGCAUAUAACACACUUGAUAUAAGUGAAUGCAAGAAGCUAGCACAAGAAGAAUACAAAAGAAGACAUGACAAUGUGGCACGCAUUGUACACUGGAAGCUAUGUGGUUUCUACCAACUAGAGAAAGCUGAGAAAUGGUAUGAACACUAACCAAAUCGAGUAAUUGAAUCAGAUAAUGUAAAAAUUAUAAUAGUUUUGUUUGUGGAAACACCACGUAAAUUUAUUGCUGCAAACAAUUUAUUACUUUAACAAUGUAAAGAUUCUCUGGGAUUUUAGCAUACAGUGCGAUCAUGUGAUUGAAUGUCGAAGACCUGAUAUUGUAGUGGUUUUAAAGAAGGAAAAGGAGUGCAAGAUCAUAGAAAUCGCAGUUCCAGAGGACUGUAUAGAAUUGGUAUAAAAGAAACAGAGAAGGUAGAAAAGUAUGAGGAGUUGAAAAUGGAAAUUCGGAAAAUAUGGGCAAUGAAAAAGUAGAAGUGAUUCCAAUAGUAGUGGGUGCCUUAAGAGCAGUUAGUAAUAAACUGGGUAAGUGGAUUGAGAAAUUGGGAAUACAUAUAAGAGUAGAACUUCUACAAAAACAGCGUUGAUAGGGACAGCAAGAACACUGAGAAGAAGCUUGCAUGGAAAGCUAAAAUCUUUGGGACCUGAGGCUACUGGUUGUAGCCAGCUUCCAAGGAAAAACAUUGCCAGCAUAAGAACAAAGCUGUGAAAAACAUGUAAUAAUAAUAAUAAUAAUAAUAAUAAUUACACAACGAAAGUCGUGCGUUGUUCAACUUCAUAUGAAUCAAAAUUGAGAACUGUUUUCAAGCAAUUUAUAAAUAGCUCAUUUUCUCUCAGAAACGUUACCAAGAUUUACGCCUAUAAAAAAACGUCAAAAAGAAAGUUCCCUCCAAAAUUAUUAAGAAGCUCUGACGUUGUUAACGUUUUAUAGACAAUACAGUUUAGUCUUUAUAUAGCGCCAUGCAAGAAAUAAAAUAUUCCAAUAAAUGCAGAAAUUUGUCCAGUACUUUACUGGCUACACAUAAUCGAGCAUCUGCAUAGCAAAUUAUUUAAACAAACAUUGAUGCCCACAAAAAAUUAUGGCUCAGGAGUAAGUGCCCUUUCUAAAUAGCUGUCCUCGAGCUUCACGUUGCUUCCGGCGUUCCAGAAUGGUUCGUUUGGGAAGGAGCGGGGGUGUAUUGUAAUUGAUAAUCAUGAUUAACGCAUGUGAUUCUGUGUGAGCAUGUGUCGCGUACGCAGGCGAACGGGUGGAAGUAGAACAAACAAAAAUUGGCCCGACGGCGAUGGAAAUUGCCCAACAUCAUCAGGUAGUAGAAUGAAGAGUUUUCAAUAUUCAAUGGAACCUAUUUUAAUAUUCUGGCGGGAAUGACUGCAUGACUGCAUAACAGUCAGGGUCAAUCGGGCCGCUGUUACAUUGUCAGUUUGCAGCUAGCUUUGCUAUUAAUCACGCGAAUUGCAGUUGUGUUCUAAUAAUUUUUUAUAAGCACAAACUAUAAGGUGUUGAAUCGACGUACACCAUCUUUGGAACAUAUAUUAUACCUUCUAAGCGAUAAUAAUAUUGUAUGAAGAAUGUUCUUAGAACAGUUGAUAGAUUUUCUAUGUUUGUGCAUAUCAAGGUUGAUUUCAGAAAUUCGUUGCCCGUCAGCACAAGAAGGCGACUGCAAUGGCAACAUCAAUGUUCCGAAUCCUAGCAAUCCACCCUCAGAUCUUGUUAACCCAGAACACAACUUCGACUAUAAAGAAUUCCUUGACGCUGGCCGGCCAGAAAACGAAAACGAAGCGACAGGGCUAAUUUCUGCAGCCAGCACGUCCACUGUUUACAACAACAGCUUGCCAAAUGAUGCCGUGGAUUUUCACUUUGGUUGCUUUGUGCCUCCCAAAUCUGAGCGAGGACACUUAUUGUUGUCCAUCAAACUAAGUAUUCCCACCAACGUUAGAAUAAUGUUAUCAGCGAUAGUUAUAAGCGGUAUUGGUGGCUUCUUUGCUUACUUGGAUUUGGAAACAACAGAUAAAUGCAUCGGUAUUGAACCAUAUCUAAAUAACUCUAUUCCAGAAAAAAUUUUAAAGUGGAAAUUAAUCGGUGAAUCGUGUCAAGCAUUGUUACUCAAUUUUUGGUUUCCUGCCACAAUUGCUUUAUUAUUCGGUCGCAAAGUGUUUCUUGACAAGUUCAGGUCUUUAUUGUACAUUGGUUCAAUAAUGGGACUAUUAGUUGUAAUAUACAAGGCGUAUUUAUUUAUAUAUCUCGGCUCUGAUUUCAGAGAUUCCUACAAUAGGUAUCCAGGAAAUGUCAUAUUCUUUCUUGGAGUGAUCCUCGGUUGCAUUCAAAUUGCGCGUUCAACAAAACAAUCAAGAAAAAGGAUUGUGUUAAAACUUGGACAGAUAUUUGUGUUUUCCUUGCUCAUGAGUCUAGCUUAUCGCAAUUUCAUUGUUCCUUGGUUUAAUGAACAAACAAGUGAUGUUAACAAGGCAAUGAUUGCAGCCAUUAUCCCUCUGUUCUCUCUGAUUCCAGUAGCUGCUGGCAAGUACGUCGUGUUGUGUCACUGUACCGAUCUUGUUCAAGCUGAUGUUUCAUUUGUUUUAAUUUACUUCAACUAUUUGAUUCCUGUCGCUCUGUACCGUAUCAUGCAAGCUGAACUUACAGACUUAAGAUUAUUCGUGGCUUUUUCUUUAUUACACGGAACGUUUAACAUCAUUGCACAGGUAAGAUUACGCAUGUGUAUUUUCUGUUGCAUUGAGGUGUUCACAACGACAUAUAAUGCAUGGAAUAUUGACAAUCACAAUAUGGUCAGCAAGAAAGCGCUAAAAGUACUGGUUAUUUGGAGUCAACAUAAUUUUUGUUUCGUAUUAAUAACGUAAAUAUUUUAACAAUGUUUAACAUUUGAUGGUGCAUGCUAAUUGUUAUUUUAUCUUGUUGGAUGCUCGAGGGAAGAAUGGAUCAUAGGGAACCAAUUAUUCGAUUUUCCGAACCAGAGCGAGAGACUUAUGCAUGAUAAAAUACCUCGACUAUAGUCAAGUUUAAAAGAAUCAUGGCGUUAUUAAACUGAGGAAUGUUGCCCCCCCCCCUUCCCCAGCAGGCACAUUGAUAAUUUAAUAUGUGCCAAACAUGAAGUAAUUGGCCAGAGAAAUGACAGAAUAUUUCACAACUACGCUACUCUACUAGUGUUCUCCACUAGUAUUACACCCGAAAUAAUCUUUUUGGGAAAAUUUUGCAAUUAUUUCCCUCGACGGUUCAGUAAGAAUAAUAAUUUCACCAGAAAUUAAGGCUUUCACUUAUCGGGAUUUUCCUUCCUAUAAACAUAAUAUUCUUAGGGAAUUGAAAUUUUAAACAUUCUAUAAACAAUUUAUACCAGUGUAAAGACUAUAAGGUUUAGUUAUGAAUCAUCUGAAACUAAUUUAUGCAUGUACUUGUUAGAUCGAUAGUCUGAACCGAAAGCCUGAACGGCCAUGAACUGCAGAAAAUGAUGCUUCAGUGACCCCACAUUUUUUAAGUCGACACUCUGCCGGCUACUCCACGAAAAUAUAUAGUUACAUAUUGGCACAGGCCGUUCGAGAUUAUAUCACAUUUGCAUAAUCAAUAACUUUUAAUUAGCUGAAGUUAUAAAAAAACACUUCCAUUCGGCAUCUCACUGCUUUAGAUAAACCGUAAUUGACUGUUUGGAAGAAAGGUGACCUGAAGAAACUAUGGGUUCUCAUUGGCUAUAGCAUUAAGCACGCAACCUCCGCAGUGUGGAGUUUUUUCCUCGCGAAGUGAAAAUAUCAAACACAAUAGAUUGUUUUGCUCAAGGUCUUGCGAGGUUAAUCCCUCACGAAAACUGUCCGCACAAGAGAGGAACAUGCUGAGCUAGCCACCACGCGAGGCGAUCCCUCAGUUAUUAAGCCAUGCAGCAAAGUACAGAACAGGUAACACAAAUAAUAUACAAAAUUAUUCUCGUUAUAAAUAAUUGCUGCCGAGCGUUCGCGAGGUAGCGCACUAAUCCCUCCACGUAGUAUGCUUACACGACCUACGAUACACGUUCCACGCUCAUACACACGUAACCGCCGAAUUUAUAGCCGCUUCAAUCUCGAUUUGUGUCAUUUUGUCAUUCCAAAGGCGGGCCAAAACUAGCUAUUACGAUAUUAUUUUUUGGUUCACAACAUGGCAACUACUAAACGGACAGAAAUAAUGCAAAUUUCCAUAGAAAGUUCCGAGUAACAUUUGUGAAGGUUACUGCAUGGGUAUAAAGCGCGUUGUCAUUUUAUAUGUUUCUGGCAUGAAUGAUCGACAAUAUUUUGAAUAAUUCAAGUAAGGAUGUCUUUAUUUCUUUCUCGUGUGUUGUGAUAUACAUGAAGGCAUUUCUGAAAUUUAAAUCUGCUGUUUAUACUUGUUUAGUGUAUUAUCUUGGAUGUAGAGUUAUUGAAACAAUAUGAUUUCAUGAAUCUAUCGGCAGUUUUAAUAAUAACCCACUGAUCUAUUCGUCAAUAAUGCCUUAUUUAUACAUGCAAGGAGUCAAAAUAUACUUUUAGUUUAUUUGUUUGUUAUGUACAAACACGAUGAGUCUACAUGUUUCACUGGAAAAAAUUUUGGAAAUCCAUAUAAGGUCAUAGAAUGGAAAUUGUAUGGAACUUUAUUGGAAAUAGAAUGGAUUUUGAUGAUCCAUAAUAAUUGUAUAUUUUCAUAGUAUGGAUAUAUAGUAUCGAAACUGUGGAUUUAGUGGUUUAAUUUAUUGUAAAUUUCAUAGUAUGGAUUUCACAUUUUUUCCCCACGCAGUGUUUAUGGUUUGAAAAGAAACGCGGCAUGAUGUUAAAUCAAGCUUAAAUUAACAAGACGCCUGCUCAGGCGUUCACACUGACCUGAAAAUGGCGACAUACGUGCUAUAGUGCAAGUUCGUGCAAUAUAGAUAAAUAAUACAUAUCGUGAACCGCAAACGCAUGAAAGGCUGAAAGCGUGGCGUGAUGCUGAGGAGAUGUUUUCGUAAUGUUCAAUGAAACACAAGUAUUACUACAAAAUACAAACGUUAUCCAUAAAUGCACAUGGUCUCUGAGCAUGCUAUGCGUUAACGCAGACAACAUUGUUUACAUUCCGUGAGUCUGUAACGUUACUAACUUACUACGUAUAAAAUUCGAAAAACUCAGCGAUCCAGAUAUCGCAUUUCCAGAGACGUUGCACGAGAAAAAAACACCAAGUCACUUCUAAGAAAGUGCAGUGCAUGUAGGAUAAAUCCAAAAUCCACAGAAAAACGCGGUAAAAUCCGUGCACAAAUGAAGAAAUUGUUUGAGACUGAAAUAGUCACUCAUCGAAUGGCCGCCAUCUUGAAAACUGAUCUGUAUAGUAAACUGGAACGACUGGAACAUUGGAAACUGAGCCUGCGAUGCGCUAACGCAAACUCCAUUUCUCGACGACGAAAACAGAAAACAGAAAACAGAUAAUUAGGGAUUUAAGACACUUGACCUUUCAGGUCAGUGUAAUAAGAUUCUUAGAAUAUACGUGGAUUGUUGUCUGCACAUAUUGACUUACCAGCAAUUACAUGUAACAGCAUGUCAACUGACUUUUGCUGUAUAAGAUAUGACUGUCUGCAUAUAUAUCUGAGAUAUGUCCAUUGUUAGCAUUAGCAUAAUAUGAAAUAAUCCUACGGACCUACAUUCAUAUACUCAUCUGACUGUGUCACCACGAUAAUGCUCACAAUUUCUUUCUUAUAACAUAAUUUUGCAGUUCUGACUGAGUACAACCUUUUUAAAUCAUUACAAUGAAUGGUGUCAUCUGAAGCCUAUUAAACAGAAAUGUCAACAAAUAGAUUUUGUCUCCCCAUCAACAGAUUAUUCGGUUGUUCUGCGAUUGGAUUUUGAAGGUAGCAUUACGAUAAUUGGAACAAAAGCUGAUCGACUUAGUAUUUUUAUAUAAACAUUGUACUGUAUUCAUUGGCAGGCUAGCUUCGCCACUGACAGUAUUAUAGUUAUAUAUACGAAAGCAAGAAAUUAUAAGCAUUCAAGGUAUUCAUAUAAAAUCGCCCAUUCCAAGAACGUAGAAUUAGAACAUUUAGCCAGCCUUCGACUUUGUGUAAGGUAUUUGAUAUUCAAAUCGCAUUUUUCCUACCUCCUGAACAGGCGUCUUCGGGGCUGUUUAUAUGACGGUGAUUUUGAUGCAAUGAAAUAAGUUACUAGGCUAAACGAAAGUUCAAAUGCUGGUUAACAGAUCUCAAAUGUUGUAUAGAAGAUCUUGUAGUUAAAGAGAUUGUUAUUAUUCUUGAACGACCUUUACAGAACAAGGGUGAAUUUCGUUUUUGACCAAUCAGAGCAUUUGUUUACCUUUAGGCGCUAAGCCAAUCAGAACGCGUACAUUUUUUCUACUUCCGGUAUAGACGCGUAUUUCCACACAAAAAUUACGGUCGUAAAUAAAGCCUUGGGGGAGGGGGGAGCUGGUUUUUUAAUUUUUUGGACUUAUUUCAAUGAAAUGCUAUAAAAUAUAAAAUUUUCGAAAAAUUUGCGUUUCAUCACUUAGUUUUGAAAUUAUCCGCAUUAAAAAAAACGGCGUAUGCAAGGUCACUCCGUUUUUUGAAUGCGGAUAAUUUCAAAACUAAGCGAUGAAACGCAAAUCCCAGCGGUAAACUUUUCGAAAAUUUUAUAUUUUAUAGGAUUUCAUUGAAAUAAGUCCAAAAAUUUAAAAAACCAGCCUCCCCCAUGGCUUUAUUUACGACCGAAAUUUUCAUGUUGAAAUAUGCGUCUAAACCGGAAGUAGUAAAAAUGUACGUAUUCUGAUUGGCUUAGCGCCAAAAGGUAAACAAAUGCUCUGAUUGGUCAAAAACGAAAUUCACCCUUGUUACUUUACAGUUAAUACACACGCGACCGUCGAGUUUAUCUUUUAUAGUGCACUCUUUUCGCCCGUUUUGCCAGAGCGCCAGCAAAUAAAUCUAACUUAUCAUUUCAGGUAACCCGCCAUUUUCGGGAAAAGCUAUGGGAUCGUGCACUGCGAAUACUUGAGACACAUGGUUUUAGACCAGUGCCAUAUUGUUCACCUCAGAACAGAAGAUUACAAGCAGAUCUGGAGAUUCAAGACAUGUUGUCUCAAUUUGGAACUCUCAUUUUGAGUCAGGUUUAUAUGAUGCUUUACCGCUUUAGUACUUUUGAUGUUGCUUUAAGCGACGAAAUCAAAAGAAUCUACCCUCGUGUUGUCAUCGGUUUGGCAAUUGAGUUCGUAUUUGCUUGGCUGUCGACCUUUAUUCAAGUUUGGCUGUAUAACAUUGGCAUAAAGACUAUAUGGUUUCGAUACUGGUUACGACAUGUACUGGCCAAUGGAAUAAUCAUGGUUGUGGCUAUAUCAUAUUUCUCUCAAGUUCUGUUGAGUGUUUUCAAAUUUCGUAUGGAAAGUUCGAUUCAUGAUGAGUAUACUCUACGAAACUGCACAAUGCCUUUUACUUACAAGUAA